GUCAGCCAGCCUUCAUCCGAACAUUUCCAUGGGUCACGUCACGCAGCUCGGAUCUAGUUCAUUACAAAGCACGGCCACUCGCAAGCGAGUGCUGCUCCUCGGCCUGGACGGAGCGGGCAAGAGCUCUCUGCUGCGGCAGUUGUCCAACUUCGAGUCAUUGUCCAGCCGCUACGUUCCCACCGAAGGAUUCAGAGUAAUUGCCAUGGCAACGCAAAGCUGUCGCUUCGACAUGUAUGAAGUUGGUGGUAGUGAGAAGAACCGAGAGUACUGGACCAAGUUUCUCGACAAGAUUGACUUGCUCAUGUUUGUGAUGAACGGGUGCAGCAAUGACGAACGCCUAGAGCUUGCCAGCGAGGAGCUCAAGAAGGUGCUGUCAGACAGCCGCAUGGAUGGCAUUCCCCUGCUGCUCGUCGUCACGCAUCAAGACAGGCUGCAGUGCCUGAGUCCCGAUGAGGCUGCUGUGGCGAUGGAUCUGGAUUCCUAUGCUCACGCACGGCACCUCUGCCGACCGGUGGGCGUGUCACUUCACCAUGGUGAUCCACCGGAGGGCCUAGCCAAACUGCGUAAUUGGAUGUUCCCCGUCCUAGCACGCGGCGUGGAGAUCCAGGAUGAUCAGGAGAAUGCUGAUGAAGAAGAAGGGGGAGACGACGAAGCGGAUGAGAUCUACUUGGAAGGAUUUUGUUUAUCAUCAGGUGUGACAAUGCUUAGUAAUCAGUCUUCUCGGCUGCUGAGAUCUGCAGCAUGCGGAGUUAGGAGUUUGGGCAGUGUUGCUGGCACGACGUCCAGCUCCUCAUCACUGACCACGUCCCAGCAGGUUUUCGCCAAGGAGAAACAGUUCGGUGCACACAACUACGAGCCACUGCCGGUGGCCCUCUCUCGUGCCGAGGGCGUUUCAGUGUGGGAUGUGGAAGGCAAGCGAUACUAUGACUUUCUCAGUGCCUAUUCCGCCACGAAUCAAGGUCACUGUCAUCCGAAAAUCAUCCAGGCCCUGACUGAUCAGGCGCAACGUUUGACCUUGACCUCCAGAGCAUUCUUCAAUGAUUGCUUGGGAGAAUAUGAGGAGUACAUCACGAAACUCUUUGGCUACGACAAAGUGCUGCCAAUGAAUACGGGUGUUGAGGGAGUAGAGACUGCAAUGAAACUGGCCAGAAAAUGGGCCUACACUGUCAAGGGUGUUCCCCAGGACAAAGCCAACCUGGUGUUCGCAGAGGGGAACUUCCAUGGAAGAACUCUGUCAGUUAUAUCAGCAUCCACAGAUCCGUCAUCGUACGAGGGUUUCGGACCACGUAUGCCCGGAUUGCAUGUUGUGCCGUAUGAUAAUCUUGAUGCGCUAGAAGAAAUCUGCAGGGACCCGCACACAGCAGCGUUCAUAGUGGAGCCCAUUCAAGGAGAGGCAGGAGUUUACGUUCCGUCGCCGGGUUAUCUGCGUGGAGCGCAUGCCAUCUGCAAGAAGUACAACGUUUUGUUUGUGGCUGAUGAGGUGCAGACUGGCCUGUGCAGAACUGGAAAGUGGCUGUGUAUAGAUCACGAUGAUGUUCGUCCAGACAUGGUUGUUCUCGGCAAGGCUUUGGGAGGCGGCGUGCUCCCCGUAUCGAGCGUUCUAGCCGAUGACUCAGUCAUGCUAACGAUAAAGCCCGGAGAGCAUGGCUCCACGUUUGGUGGAAACCCAUUGGCCUGCAAGGUGGCAAUAGCUUCACUAGAAGUGCUGGGUGAGGAAGGCUUGCUCGACCACGUGACUCGCAUGGGUGAGCUGCUGCGCAGUGAACUGAGGACUCUGCCCCAGGACGUCGUGACCACUGUGCGUGGCAAGGGACUGCUGAGUGCCAUGGUCAUCAAGCCGCAGAGCAAUGGCGUUACCGCAUGGGAUAUCUGUCUCAAGCUGCGUGACAACGGCCUGCUCGCCAAGCCCACGCACAGCGACAUCAUCCGAUUUGCUCCGCCGCUCGUCAUCACCGAGCAGCAGAUGCGGGAGGCCAUUGAUAUCAUCAAGAAAGCUGUGCUGUCAUCGGUGUAAGCUAGAUGCAAUACGUGGACACGGCGGUCGCUUCAGCUGGCGCUUCGAUCCUGUUCAGUGCCAGUGAUAUUUGCCGUUGAUUCAAAAAAAAAUUACUGCUGCCUCUUCCGCCUUCUGCUUUGCGUUGAUUGAAGCCCAUGCUAGUGGCAGGGCGCUUCUAUACUGACCAGUACAAGUCAAUCAGGGCCGUUCGACGUACAAUCAAAUCAUGUCUGAUUUUUGAAACAUUUUUGUUAAGAAAGAGAUGGCAGGCCACUCAAUUGCGUUCUUAUAUUAGCUUUAGUUUCCAUUAAAUAUUUCUUAUGUUGCUCCUCUAUUCACCGGUUUAUGCUCAGUCGUACACUUGCUUUCAAGCUCCUGAUGGGGUUGCCUUUUUUUUAAAACAUUUCUCUAGUUCUAUUUUCUGUUCAUGGAUUGCCGGGAGUGGAAAGGAAGUCGACUUCCCACUCA